CCCCCUCCUGACCCCCGCCCACGUCAUCCGUGCAGACCCGUGCUCUUGUGCAGAACCAGAACUGGACUGGACUCAACAUGGCCAAGUGUUUGGGAUGUGGACCGGGGUAUCGGAGCCCUCUGGACGCCAUGAAAGGUCCUCGGGAGGAGAUCGUCUACCUGCCCUGCAUCUAUCGUAACACGGACAUCCUGAAGCCGGACUACCUGGCGACUGUGGAUGUGGACCCGAAGUCCUCCACCUUCUGUCAGGUGAUCCACCGGCUGCCAAUGCCGAACCUGCGCGACGAGCUGCACCACUCUGGCUGGAACGCCUGCAGCAGCUGCUUCGGUGACGCCUCCAAGAGCCGCAACCGCCUGAUUCUGCCAUCGCUCAUCUCGUCCAGGAUCUACGUGGUGGAUGUGGGCACCGACCCGAGAGCCCCGCGCAUGCACAAGAUGGUGGAGCCCGUGGAUGUCUUCUGGAAGUGCGGCCUGGCCAACCCACACACCACGCACUGCCUGGGCAGCGGUCAGAUCAUGAUCAGCUGUAUGGGAGACCCCACCGGCAACGGCAAAGGGGGCUUCGUGCUGCUGGACGGUGAGACCUUCGAAGUCAUAGGAAACUGGGAGCAUGAGGGAGAGGCAGCGCCGUUCGGCUAUGACUUUUGGUACCAGCCCAGACACAACGUGAUGAUCAGUACAGAGUGGGGUGCGCCACGAGCUCUGGCAGACGGAUUUGACCCAGCUGACGUGGCGGCCGGACACUACGGCACCUCUGUCCACGUCUGGGAUUGGACCACCCACAGGAAGCUGCAGACCCUGGAUCUGGGCCCGGGCGGCGCCAUUCCGCUGGAGGUUCGGUUCCUUCACGACCCAGAUGCUGCCGAGGGCUAUGUGGGAUGUGCCCUGGGAGGAAGCGUGUUCCGGUUCUAUAGAACUCCAGCGGGAAAGUGGACCACCGAGAAGGUCAUCAGUGUUCCGGCCAAGAAGGUGGAGGGGUGGAUGCUGCCUGAGAUGCCCGGUCUGAUCACAGACAUCCUGGUCUCACUGGACGACAGGUUCCUCUACUUCAGCAACUGGCUGCACGGUGACAUCAGGCAGUAUGACAUCACUGACCGGAGGAACCCUCGACUGGUGGGACAGGUGUUUCUGGGAGGAAGCAUCAUCGCUGGUGGUCCGGUCCGAGUCGUGGAGGACCCGGAGAACCAGGCUCAGCCGGGACCUCGCGUCAUCCAGGGUAAGCGAGUCCAGGGCGGUCCCCAGAUGCUGCAGUUGAGUCUGGACGGAACCAGACUCUAUGUGACCACGUCCCUGUACAGUGGCUGGGAUAAACAGUUUUACCCUGACAUGGUCAAGGAAGGCUCGGUCAUGAUGCAGAUCGACGUGGACUCGGUCAAUGGUGGGCUCACUCUAAACCAGAACUUCCUGGUGGACUUCGGUAAAGAGCCAGAGGGUCCGUCCCUGGCCCACGAGCUCCGGUACCCCGGAGGAGACUGCACGUCCGACAUCUGGCUGUGAGGAGGUCGGAACUCAGGACAGUGCCCACUGGAGUGCAGCUCUCACCAAAGAGAGAAUGUCACGCUGAGAGUAUUUUCUGAUAAAAGUCUCACAUA